GGUCCAAUUUUCAGAUAGGUGUCUUCUUAUAAAUAACGUUCACAACCCUUCUAUGCUCGUUGGCAGGGGUAGGACAUGCAGUGCGUCAAACCUCUCAAAUAAAACAAAAAAACUGGCUACACAGACGCCCGGACUACCGAGACGCCGGUUGAUUGAAUAACAAUUGUGUGUACAUUUAUUUCGCAGUGCUCGCGCAUGCAACCUGGGCGGUCUAGUCACGGAGUCAAGCGCUUCCUGGUGGAUUCAUUCGAGGAGUUUCUCUAGUUUCAAGAAACUUUAUUAUAAUAUGUACAUGUUCUAGGCUAUAGAUACAGUAUGUUUACUAUUGUAGCCUAAAAAACGCUAGUUUCAAGAUAAUAGUGUGGAACACACACCCUUGGAUAGACUACCACAUUGAGAGAGGAGCCAAGCACUCAGGGUUUGGGAUUUACUGGAACCAGGACAUAUCCAUCCUUAAGGAUUUUAGUGACGUAGUUCCUCCGGAUUGUGGGAAUCCCAUUGAACUGACCAGGAGGGAGUUGCUUGCUUUAGCAAAACCAACAGUGGAGUCGACCAUGGGGGAUAAAGAGGACUUAGUAGUGACCACGGCUGUGAACUUUGUUGGGAACGGAAACUUCCUGGACUCGGCGUUCCGCUACACCUUCUUCCCAGUGUUCUACGGUGUUGUGUUCAUCCUUGGGCUGAUAUCCAAUAGUUACGCGCUGUUCGUGCUGUGGCGCCUGCGCGAUGCCAAGGCCUUGAACGAGAUCUGCAUCUACAUGGCCAACCUGACUGUGGCCGACCUCCUCUUCGUGUCCGCCCUCCCCUUCUGGAUUGGCUACUACCAUCAUGAUGGCGUCUGGCUCUACGGCGAAUUCCUGUGCCGUGUCACCGGCGUGUUCUUCUUCAUCAACACCUACUGCUCCAUCCUCUUCCUUGCUGCCAUCAGUAUCAACCGCUACUGGGCCAUCACGCGUCCGCUGGAUGCCGCCUCGUCCGACCAUUGGUGCCGUGGGGUGGCUGUCACAGCGGUCAUCUGGGGGGUCACUCUGUCCAUGUCUGUGCCAUACCUCGUGCAGACGGGCAUUCAGAAGGACAAGAGCAACGUGUCGCGAUGCUUCGAGGGCUACCACCAUGAGACGGAUGGCGAGAAGCGGCUGGUGGCCGCAACCCACCUUAUUAUUGUGGGGUGCUUCGUCUUGGUCUUCUUCCUCGUCGUAGUGUGUAAUCUGCUCAUCGCCCGGGCGUUACUAGACCAGUCCCUUACCCAGGCUCGGGGCUCCAGUUCCUCCAAACCCCGGGGGGUGAAGGGCCGGGCCCUGCAGAUGCUGUGUGCUGUGGUGGGGGUGUUCGUGGUGUGCUUCCUCCCCCACCACAUUGUCCAGGGCCCCUGGACCCUGGCUGUGCUGGAGAUCAAGGAGGGCUGGGGCAGCACGGAAUGGAGCCAGAAGACCAAGCAAUGGUUGAACGACGCCCACCAGGUCACCCUGAUGCUAAUGGGGCUCAACUGCCUCUUCGAUCCCGUGGUGUACUGCUUCGCCACCAGGAGGUUCCACAUGUAUAUCAAGGACCAUCUGAAAAAGGUGGGGAGGGGCAGAGCCUGCUCGGAAACAGCCAUCACACACAUCUCUAUAGUGGAAUGCAAGAAUGUGAGCCAGCGGCUCCAUAGCGAACAGCAGUAGCUCAAUAAUUAAAGUCCUUCACUGUAACGGUUUAAAUUUAAUUUAUAUGGUAAAUUUGGGUAUUAUCAAUAGUAAAGUACUCCAAACAUUUUACUUCAGCAUAGUGUAAAUUGUUGUGGGCGGGGAAACAAUUGCUUUAUUUUGAAUGGUACUGUAAUUCCACCCCACAGAAUACAGUACUGUACCUUGUCUUUGGGGGGCCAAAAACAUUUUGACCACUUGUGAGUGCAUGUUAUUGUUGUUUCUGGCAGCAAGUCUUAAAUGGUUGAGCAUUUUGCCAUGUCCUUUUGGUCUGUACCCCUGUAGUCGCUGCCAGUUUGGAAGAUUUUGUUAAGGCCUCUACAGGUGCAAGUAAUAUAAAACACCAAUUAUGCAUUAAUAUGCUGUGGGAUGUUUACAACCAGAUGCAUCUGGUUUUCAAGGGAAAAGGAAAGAGAGCCUGUGACGCCUACACGACUUCCGCUUUUGAACGUUAACAAGGCGACACUCCAUCUUAACUCCUCCUCCACAUUUAUUGGAUUGGUUGAACAGUGCAGAAGAGAACCUCCCCUACCAUUUUUUUCUUCUCGUCAGCUACGUUAGGUUACCUAGCAGCCAACCUGCUUGCACCAAUCCCUUGUAAUUACAGUAAAAUACUGUGAAAUACAAACCUGUCCCCUCAAAGAAUUUCAUUCAUCCAUUCAUCCAUGUGCCGACCUUACAGUGAAGUGCUUACUUACAUACAAGCCCUUAACUAACAAUGCAGUUAAGAAAAAUAAGUGUUUAGAAAGUAUUUACUAAAAUAAACUGAAGUAAAAAAUAAAAAUAAGAAAAUAGAAAAAUAUUUAAAGAACAAAAAUAAAAUAACAGUAUUGCGGCUAUAUACCGGUACAGAAUCGAUGUGCGGGGGCACCGGUUAGUUGAGGUAAUAUUUACAUGAAGAUAGAGGUAAAGUGACUAUGCAUAAAUAAUAAAGUAGCCAUUUGAUUAGCUGUUAAAUUUCACCACCUCUUUCGUCCUGUUCUUUUUCUCUUUGAGCGUAAACAGAGUAUAAAAGCAGAAGUUUCAUAGGGAACUGGAACUUCUAUAAAGGAUAAAUUCACCCCGUAUACAAUUCCCCCUGGAAGGAGAUUAAGGGCUCUAUUCAGAAAUCCUCAUUAUUUCGUUGAAUGAUUUAACAUUUGAGUGUCAUUAUUUCCAUAUAGCCUAUACUUUCUCGUUCUGAACUUCUAACGUGAGUCGGACGGGUCUGGCUUUGUGACAAUGAUCAAGACCAGCUGCUCACCGAUAUGACAGCUCCAAUGCAGUUACACCUCCGACACCGCCAAAACAUCAGCUAUCUGGGUGUCGGCUAUUGCCGGUUAAUGCUGAUCUGAUUGAAUCUAGGCCUAAGGGUCCCACUGUUCAGCAAGAGUAGGAGCAGGGCAAGUUUCAUUCAGCCAUCAGACUGCUGAACAGUGGGACGGAUGGACAGUAGGCCCCAGAGACUUUGAAUAUGUGAAAAUCUAAAUGUGUGACUUGUGUACUAGCUUUCCAGUUUUUCCUACGUCAUGUAAUAUAUUGUGUUGUGUUUGUGUAUUUGUAUGCUGACAUCACAAAAUGAAUUUACAUGUAAAAUGGACAAAGUAUAUCGUAUCAUAUCGUAUUUGUUUUGCAAUUUUGUACGACAAAUUUUGCAAAACAAAUACUGGGAGCCAAGAAGUACUUUUAAAAGUGUGAUGCAUUGCUAUUAUUGUUAUUGCUAUUAUUAUUAUUGUAAAGAAUGAUGAAGUAACAAGCUUUAAGGUCAUUUUAUGAGGCUGGUAACCAUCCUAGAUGUCAAUUCAACAUUUCUUCCAUGUUGGGUCAGCGUAAUUUCAUUGAAAUGACGUGGAAACAAUGUUGAUUCAACCUGUGUAUGCCCAGUGGGAUGUGAUGAACUUGAUGACUUCUCAGCUGUCAGCUGCUGAAGUAUAAACAGAGACGGUUUAUGAAGUAACUUGACCACUGGUAUAAAUGUUGCACUUUACUGUAACUCUUUGUAUGUGAUGCAAUCAGAACAUAUUGUGUAACGUUGUACUGCAUUCUCAAAUAAAACAUAUCUACCAGAUA